UCAGUACUCUGUUCUUUGAUUUGAGCUGCGGGUUCAGUUCAGAUGAGCACAAUGGCUGUGCCGAGGGCGCAUGCCGGUCACCGGUUGCGUUGUGUGCUGGCAGUGGUGUGUGCCUUGUGCUGGGCAUCGUCCUCUGUUAGGUUCGUGGCGGGUCAGGCCGGGCAGCUGAGCGUGGACGCCUCGCCGCAGACUGCGAGGAAGAUGCCUGACAAGAUGUUCGGCAUCUUUUUUGAGGAGAUCAACCAUGCUGGUGCUGGUGGGUUGUGGGCAGAGCUUGUGAGCAACAGAGGUUUUGAGGCCGGUGGGCCUAAUACACCAUCAAACAUCGAACCAUGGUUCAUAAUUGGAAAUGAAUCAAGCAUCAUCGUGGGAACCGAUCGGACAUCUUGUUUCGAACGUAACCCGGUCGCACUCCGAAUGGAAGUUCUUUGUGGUUCUAAAGGAACUAAUGUCUGUCCAUCCGGAGGCGUUGGGGUCUACAAUCCUGGUUACUGGGGCAUGAACAUUGAAAGAAGGAAGGGUUAUAAGGUGAGCCUGCACAUUAGGUCUUCAGAUGCAGUUUCCUUGACCAUUUCUUUGACAAGCUCUGACGGUCUGCACAAACUCGCUUCUCGCACCAUCACGGGCGGCAAGAAACAAUUCACCAACUGGACAAAGAUACAGUUUCGUUUGUAUUCCAGCCAAAACAACACUAAUUCAAGGCUUCAAAUUACAACCACUAAAACUGGAGUGGUCUGGCUCGAUCAAGUGUCGGUUAUGCCAUCGGACACUUACAUGGGACAUGGUUUUCGGAAGGAUCUUGCUUCCAUGUUGGCCAAUUUAAAGCCCCAGUUUCUCAAGUUUCCAGGCGGUAACUAUGCCAUGGGACAAUAUCUAAGAAAUGCGUUUCAUUGGGGCGAAACUGUGGGUCCAUGGGAGGAAAGACCUGGCCAUGUCAAUGAUGCCUGGGGAUACUGGACUGACGACGGACUCGGAUUCUUUGAGUUCCUUCAGUUAGCUGAAGACCUUGGUGCUUCCCCUGUUUGGGUGGUGAAUGAUGGAGCAAGCAUUAACGAAGAAGUUCCUACUGCAAUAAUUGCAUCUCUGGUGAAGGAUGUUGUUGAUGGCAUCGAGUUCGCAAGGGGAGGGGUCAACACUACAUGGGGUUCAGUUCGUGCGGCAAUGGGACAUCCACAACCUUUUAAGCUUGAUUAUGUUUCAAUAGGGAAUCAAGAAUGCUGGAUGCUCUACUACAGAGGGAAUUACCAAAAGUUCUAUUCUGCGAUUAAAGCUGCAUACCCUGACAUCAACAUUAUAUCAAGCUGUGAUAAGUCAACUAUUUCGGCAUCCAACCCUGCCGAUCUGUAUGAUGUUCAUGUCUAUGCAUCUUCUGCUAAUAUGUUUUCCAGAACCAGUAUGUUUGACAACACACCACGCAGCGGACCGAAGGCAAUUGUUAGCGAGUACGCCGUGACUGGAAACGACGCUGGCAAAGGAACACUGGUAGCAGCACUUGCAGAAGCUGCAUUUCUCGUUGGAUUAGAGAAGAACAGUGAUGUGGUCGAGAUGGCAAGCUGCGCACCGCUGUUUGUAAAUGACAACGAUCGCAAGUGGAGCCCAGAUGCCAUUGUGUUCAACUCAUGGCAGCACUACGGAUGCCCAAACUACUGGAUGCUACACUUCUUCAAGGACUCGAGCGGCGCCACCUUUCACCCCACAACCAUGCAAGUCUCCAACUACGAUCAGAUGGUUGCAUCUGCCAUUACGUGGCAGAGUCCUAAAGACAAGAGCACUUACCUGAAAAUAAAGGUCGUGAACUUCGGCAGCAAAGCCGUGGAUCUCAACAUAACGGUGACGGGUCUGGAGAGCGGCAUCAAGAGCUCCGGCUCGAAGAAGACGGUGCUAACAUCCGGCGCGCCACUCGACGAGAACUCCUUCGAACAGCCAGAAAAGGUGGCGCCGGUGUUGAGCCCGGUGGCCGACGCCAAGCAGCAGAUGGGCGUGUCAGUGAGCCCUUACUCCCUCACAUCGUUCGAUCUCCUGCUGGAGCCCAGCAAGCACUCGGCAAUAUGAAGAAGAAACUAGCUCGAGAAAUCAUAGAGCAUUACCACGUGUAUUGUAGAUUGUAUUGUUCUUGUGUGCCUGGAUUCUAAUGAUGAUAAGUCUAAAGAAACAUUACAUAGCCGUAUCUGAAGCUUAUUAGCAAACGUUGUGCCCAGCAUUACAAGCAAAAUUUCCAUA